AUGGUCAAGCAGGUCGUGAUUCUGGGCGCAGGCUACGCAGGCCUCGGCGUCGCCCAUAAGCUGCUCAAGUACACCCAGCCCAAGGUCAAGGAUCUCAAGGUCAUCCUCGUCUCCCCCUCGACCCACCUGUACUGGAACUGCGCCGCCGUGCGCGGUCUUAUUCCCGGCGAGUUCUCCGACGACACUCUCUUCAACCAAAUCAAGCCCGGCUUCGAGAAGUACCCCCAGGAUGCCUUCGAGUUCGUCCUCGGCAAGGCCACCACCUUUGACGCCACAUCCAACACCGUGCAGAUUGAGACCAACGAGGGUCUAAAGUCUCUCGAAUACGCCCAGCUCAUCAUCGCUACCGGCUCUUCACUCGCCAGCGGCGUCCCCUUCAAGACCAUCGGCACCCACGAAGAGACCCUCACCGCAUGGCACAACCUCCAGUCCGAGGUCAAGGUCGCAAACUCCAUCAUCAUCUCCGGCGCCGGCACCACAGGCGUCGAGACCGCCGGCGAGCUCGGCCACGCCUACGGCUCUACUAAGCAAAUCACUCUCAUCGUCGAGGGCGACGCGCCCCUCCCUGGCCUCCUGCCCCAGCUCGGCAAGAUCGCCGCCAAGAACCUCCAGCAGCUCAAGGUCAAGCUCGUCACCAACGCCCGCGUCACCGAAGCCAACACCUCUGGCGCCCUCAAGUCCAUCAAGCUGUCCAACGGCGAGACCCUUACCGCGGAUCUCUACCUGCCCCUCUUCGGCGUCCGGCCCAACUCUUCCUUCAUCCCGGAGCACCUCCUCGAUGACAAGGGCAGCCUGAAGCUGAAGCACGACCUCCGCGUCGAGGGCCUCACCAACGUCUGGGGCGUCGGCGAUAUCGGCAAUCUCGAGGCGAAGCAGCUCAUGCGCGCCGAGGGCCAGGCGCUGCACCUCGCCGACAACCUCGAUGCCGUCCUCACCGGCAACGAGACCAAGGUAUUUGUGACGAUCGGCAAGAAGAAGGCCACGGGUCAGUUCAACACGAUGAAGCUGCCUGGCUUCAUCGUCAGCGCCGCCAAGGCCAAGACCUUCUUCACUGAGAAGGGUCCUGGUCUGGUCCAGGGCAAGAACAUUGCCAGGGCGUCAAUUUGA